ACCCGAAUUUGCACAAAGUUUUUGCUUACCUUUGCAUUCCAUCCCGUUUAAGAUUCCUCCUCCUUUUAUUAAAUAAUACCACUAACAGUCAAUUCUGCUUUGAAUUUGCACGAGUUUUUUUCUGUACCUUUUAACUUGUCUGCGAAUCGCUUUCCGCCCGCUCUCGCUCUUCUUCCGUGUCUAGUGCAUUUUCCCGGUUCGUGAAUCGUAUACAAGAAAUUUAAUCAAAGUUAGGGCUAGGGUUAGGGUUUUUGGUUAUUUGGCCGCUUGUAGCUGUUUCAGUAUUAAUAUGUAUGCUGAUCGAGUAGAGGCUGCAUCCAAGAGGUCAGUAAAGGAUCGCCUUAAUGGUAACUCAGCUGGCGAUUCCGCUCGUCGGAGACAGAUUACCGGCAAAAGGCAAAGAGAAGAUGACAAAUGGGAACAUGAUCUUUUUGAGGAUGACGAACCUAAGUUUUCAAAUCGCAGAAUUGGUGCAUCAGAUCUUCGUUUGAAACUCCAAAAGAAGAGUAUCCAGCGAGCAACUCAAAAUGUAAGAGGGUCUCUUCCAGGUGGUGUAAGGGAUCUACGGGAAAAGCUCUCUGGUACAAUUUAUUCACAAGCUAUGGACACUGAUCCACCCAAGCCAAAACCAGCAUCUGAGGUCGGUAGACCUGCCAGGAAAAGUAUCAUAGCUGAAGCUCCUGUUGCAUCAGAGAAAAAAGCAGCUGCCAGUUCAGUUUCUAAGAAAAAAAAUCAGAAGGUAGAAUCAGUGGAUAGCUUUCUGCAAUCGCUGGGCCUUGAAAAAUACUCCAUUUCAUUUCAAGCUGAGGAAGUUGAUAUGACUGCCCUUUUGCACAUGACUGACGAAGAUCUCAAGGCAAUGGGAAUACCAAUGGGUCCAAGGAAGAAAAUACUGCUAGCAUUGGAGUCUAAAGUUUAGCUUAUCUAGCAGUGGUUUCCUUGUUUGCUUGCUUGGAUCGUGUUGAUUAGUUGACCAUCCCUAAAGAUUUGCAGGCUUGUUUUAGUCGAUGGAGGCUGCACUUUACUUUUUGUGGGAAAAUUACAGAGUCUAGCUGGAAGCGACCUUAACGAGCUCAUCAUUAUUGCCAAAUGAUGGAAGGAUCUUGAAAAACAAAGCGGGAUCUGUUUGUGAACUUGUGGCUUGGUGCUUUUAUUGUGCCCUUCAUUCAAGCUCUGAUGUUAUUAGUUACUUGCAAACAAUGUCAAAAAGAUAUGCUUUCCAGAAGGUUGUAGGAGUGGGCUAAUUGAAGGAUAAAUACUGAAUGUUGUCUGAGAUAGCUAAUUCUUUCAAGUAUUUGAUUCAUGUUUUGGAUGGUUACUGCAUCAAUCCGGAUACUGUAUCCCUUAAA